CCAAAACAAACGCUGAUGGUGUGUCUGUGAUUUUAAUGAGCUUCAGCUGCUUAAUAAUUCUCUUUAGCUGAAGAAAAAUCAGAAGUAUUUCCUAAAAGCAACUGAUUUUGACCAAAGGACUUGAUUUCUCCAUUUGAAGAGAAUUGAUUGAAUCUCUGCUGGAAGUGUUUGUCUUUUGUUUCCCUUCAGUUUGGAUUUGGUUUGGAGUUCACUGCCGACCUUCAGCCACACACCUGUUUUAUUUUGCAUGUUCAGACAUUCAGCUUCUGAUUGUACUGAUACGUUCUGAUAAACGCUGCUUAUUUUAGUCAUUCAGCUCACAGAUUCUACAUAAAUGUAUCAAAUCCAUUGGAAAAUACAAUAAUGGCAAAGAUUGGCCCCGCCCCCAAAGAGCCGCUCGGCAACCAGACUGGGAAACACGAACUAAUCAUAUUUUUGGCCUGAGCUACGGCAAAGCUUUACAACAGCUUUAGUUGUUUUCUCAGUAAAGAUGGCGACGAAUGAACUUAACAUGGCGUUUCUUCAGCGUUGUGGGAGGAGUCAGAGAUGGUGGCAUCUCUGGACUGAGCUGUUGUGGAACUUUGUGCAUGUGCAGGAGACGUGUGAGGGUGUAAGCUGAAAGUGUUGAUCAAAAGGGUGGGGGCGGGGCUUCGGCACAAAUAAUCGAAGCUCCGCCCGGAGAGCGAGCGCUGUGCCUGAAGUGACGGGUGGUAACGCUCAGAAGCGCCUUGAGCCGACUGUUGUUGUCAUUUGGCGCUUUAUAAAUAAAAUUGAAUUGAAUCUUCUUUGUAAAAAAAAAUAAAAAAAUUGCCAGUUUAUGUAAAACGAGACUUGGAAUUUCUGAUUAUUCUAAAAUAAUUUCCUCCAAAGAGCAGCGCGAGGGUUUUACAGGACGUGUUGAUUUUAUGUCCUCCCCUUCUUCUGCUGCUGUUUCUUUCUGUUUCCUCGUUUUCAUCUCCUGCUUCCUUUUGAUCUUUUUACAUCUUUCUCUUUAUUCCUGCUGCCGUCUCAGUUCUCCUGUUAUUUUCCUCGUUGAAUGAAAUUCUUAAAGGUUAUAUUCUCUUUCAGCACGCACCAGCUGGGUCUCAGCUCAGCUAUCAUCGUAUUCCCAGACACCUGUAAACACGUCUUCUUUGUCUUCGUGCACAUAAAUGUGUGACAGUAGCCUGAAUACGACCCAGCUGGUGUGUGUCGCGCUGCAGAGCUGACGUGUGUUGGUUGGUGGUUGAUGUUCAGGACGUUCCUGUGUGUUUUUCUGCUGGACUUGCUGUAAACCCAGAGACCUCCAGAGUGUGUCGGCUACACCAGAGAGCUCUCACUGUUCGAACUGAGCGCAGACAACUAACUCGCACUGAAACAAGAACAACUAGAAUAACUAGAACCUGAGCCCGACAAACCCAGACUGGUUUGAGUUGAUGAAUUGUUGUAAUGUGAGAAAUGAGCUGUGAUAAAUGUCAGCUGGUGAAUUGGGCAGGAGGUUACUUUCAGAGGCUGGAGUGAGUUUCCUGCUCCAUCAAAGAACACCGAGGUGAUGCCAGAACUCACAACCACACCAAAGGAAGACAUGGGACAGUGUUUAGGUGCACUAAAGCUGUCCCAUGGGUGCAGCUCAGGGCUUGGUGGAGUCUGGUUGUGAUUUCUGGUGUCGCUGUUCACCGCAGGGCAGAGCGCAGCCAGGAGAAUCAAAGCUGUUGAUUGGUCUUUAAAAAUCCCAAAGUCUGGCAGAAAAACAUGCAGGCUUCCUCCUGAGAGUGCAGCAGGAGCUUCAUAGCAGAGAUGCAGCUUUUUGUGAAGCAGCUCGGCAGAAGGAUCACGGCUCGAGAGCACGGCUCCAACAAGAAGCUGGCGGCUCAAUCGUGCGCUCUGUCUCUGGUGCGACAGCUGUAUCACCUGGGAGUCAUCGAGGCGUACUCCGGGGUCACCAAGAAGAAGGAGGGAGAAACUUUGGAGGCGUUUGAGGUCAACGUGUCCCCAGACCUACAGCAGCAGCUGGCCUGUGUGGUCCAGGAGCUCGGAGUCAGCGUCCCCCCACCGCCUGCAGACCCCAGCAGCCCGGUGUCUCUGGUUCAGGGGAAGCUGGCGUACUUCGAGCCAUCACAGAGGCAGACCGGAGCCGGAGUCGUCCCCUGGUCGCCUCCUCAGGUCAACUGGAACCCCUGGACCAGCAGCAACAUCGACGAGGGGCCGCUGGCCUACUGCCCUCCGGAGCAGAUCAGCGGCGACCUGCACGACGAGCUGCAGUACCAGCUGGAGCAUGAUGAAAACCUGCAGAAGAUCCUGAUGGAGCGCGAGCAGCUGCCCGUCAAACAGUUUGAGGAAGAGAUCAUGGCGGCCAUCGACAAAAGCCCUGUGGUGAUCAUCAGAGGAGCGACGGGCUGCGGUAAAACCACUCAGGUCCCUCAGUACAUCCUGGACCGCUUCAUCAAGGGGGGCCGAGCAUCGGACUGCAACAUCGUGGUCACGCAGCCCAGAAGGAUCAGCGCCGUGUCCGUGGCUGAGAGGGUCGCCUUUGAGAGAGCAGAGGAUCUUGGGAAAAGCUGUGGCUACAGUGUCCGAUUUGAGUCCGUCCUGCCUCGACCCCACGCCAGCAUCCUCUUCUGCACCGUCGGUGUUCUUCUGCGGAAACUGGAAGCAGGAAUCAGAGGCAUCAGUCACGUCAUCGUCGAUGAGAUCCACGAGAGAGACAUCAACACGGACUUCCUCAUGGUGGUCCUCAGAGACGUGGUCCAGGCAUACCCGGACGUGCGCAUCAUCCUCAUGUCGGCCACCAUCGACACCACCAUGUUCAGAGAGUACUUCUUCAGCUGCCCCGUCAUUGAGGUGUUUGGACGCACCUUCCCUGUCCAAGAGUAUUUCCUGGAGGACUCCAUCCAGAUGACAAAGUUUGUGCCUCCACCGAUGGACCGAAAGAAGAAAGACAAAGACGAGGAGGGAGGAGACGACGACACUAACUGUAAUGUGAUCUGCGGGCCGGAGUAUACGCCGGAGACGAAGCAUUCGAUGUCUCAGAUCAAUGAGAAGGAAACGUCCUUCGAGCUGGUGGAGGCGCUUCUGAAGUACAUCGAGACGCUGCAGGUGGCCGGCGCCGUGCUCGUCUUCCUGCCCGGCUGGAACCUCAUCUACUCCAUGCAGAGACACCUGGAGAGCAACCCACACUUCGGAAGCAACCGGUACCGAAUCCUGCCGCUGCACUCUCAGAUACCUCGAGAGGAGCAGAGGAGGGUGUUUGAACCGGUUCCUGAUGACAUCAGAAAGGUCAUCCUGUCCACCAACAUCGCCGAGACGAGCAUCACCAUCAACGAUGUCGUCUACGUCAUCGACUCCUGCAAGCAGAAAGUGAAGCUGUUCACCUCCCACAAUAAUAUGACCAACUACGCCACCGUCUGGGCCUCCAAGACCAACCUGGAGCAGAGGAAAGGUCGAGCCGGCAGAGUCCGACCGGGGUUCUGCUUCCACCUCUGCAGCCGCGCUCGAUUCGACAAGUUGGAGACUCACAUGACUCCAGAGAUCUUCAGAACUCCGCUGCAUGAAAUCGCCCUGAGCAUCAAACUGCUGAGACUCGGAGGCAUCGGCCACUUCCUGUCUAAGGCUAUCGAGCCACCGCCACUGGACGCCGUCAUUGAGGCCGAACACACCUUGAAAGAGCUGGACGCUCUGGACUCCAACGACGAGCUGACCCCUCUGGGGCGGAUUCUGGCUCGGCUGCCGAUCGAACCUCGGCUGGGGAAGAUGAUGAUCAUGGGCUGCAUCUUCCACGUCGGCGAUGCGAUGUGCACCAUCUCGGCCGCCUCCUGUUUCCCAGAGCCUUUCAUCAACGAGGGGAAGCGUCUCGGCUUCGUGCACAGAAACUUUGCUGGCAGUCGUUUCUCGGAUCACGUGGCGCUGCUGUCCGUGUUCCAGGCCUGGGACGACGUCAGGAUUAACGGAGAGGAGGCGGAGAGUCGCUUCUGUGACCACAAACGUCUCAACAUGUCGACUCUGAGGAUGACCUGGGAGGCCAAAGUCCAGCUGAAGGAGAUCCUGGUGAACUCUGGAUUUCCUGAAGAGUGUCUCAUGACGCAGAUGUUCAACACGGUGGGGCCGGACAACAACCUGGACGUGGUGGUCUCUCUGCUGACCUUCGGCUCGUACCCCAACGUCUGCUACCACAAAGAGAAGAGGAAGAUCCUGACCACCGAGGGGCGCAACGCCCUCAUCCACAAAUCCUCCGUCAACUGUCCCUUCAGCAGCCACGACAUGAUCUACCCGUCGCCAUUCUUCGUCUUCGGCGAGAAGAUCCGAACCAGAGCGAUCUCGGCUAAAGCGAUGACUCUGGUCAGUCCUCUGCAGCUGCUGCUGUUCGCCUGCAAGAAGGUGACCUCGAACGGAGAGAUCGUGGAGCUCGACGACUGGAUCAAACUGACGAUUGCUCACGAGGUGGCGGGGAACAUCCUGGCUCUGCGGGCCUCCCUGGAGGCGGUGGUGGUGGAGGUGACCAAAGACCCGGAGUACAUCAGACAGAUGGACCAAACCAACGAGCGGCUCCUGAACGUCAUCAGACACGUCUCCAAACCGUCGGCGGCCAGGCUCAACAUGAUGGUCACCAACCAGAGGAUGGGAGACGGUCCACGACCUCCGAAGAUGCCACGUUUUGAUGGAGGAGGCGGCGGCAGAGGUUACCAAGGAGGAGGAGGCUACAGGGGAGGAUAUGGAGGAGGAGGAGGGGGAUACAGAGGAGGUGGAGGAUAUGGAGGAGGAGGGGGAUACAGGGGUGGUGGAGGAUAUGGAGGAUACAGAGGAGGCGGUGGUUAUGGUGGAGGAGGAGGUGGUUAUAGGGGAGGCGGAGGUGGAGGAGGAGGUGGUUACAGAGGAGGAGGUGGAGGAUACAGAGGCGGCGGCGGGUACAGAGGAGGAUACUAACGUUAAAAAUCAGUCGCCUCGUCUUCUUCUUUCGUUUAUUUUGUAAACGUUUAAUGUGAAAUCGAGCGCCGCAGUUAAAACGAUGUUUGACUGGAACCUGCUGAUGUUUGUUUUUAUGGUCUGUGAAUGAAAACGUCCCAAUAAAUCUGUCCUGUUCCUUCA